AUGACAUCAGUACGACAACGCGUGGCUUUCAAGGCUGCUGACUCCGACGACGAAGGCGAGAACCGCGUACUGGACGAGAUCGAGCAAGAAGAUGUCAUCGAGUCCAUGCGUAGAGAGAAUGAGAAGUCUUCACAGCAGUCACUCUUCAUGUUGCGCGCCAUAAUCAGUCUCUCCAUCUUCCUGCAGGUUGUAGCCCUACUGCAGAACAAUAACCCCGUGGACCCCUUCUUCGCUCGCAGCGCCGAAGCUAGAGGCGAACAUCACGAGCCUAGCACACCGAUACCUCUCGGUCAACUCUUCGCCUUCUCGAACAUCGUCAUCUUACUGGACUUGGCCCUCUCAGAUUGGACCGACUUUCCCUGGCUUUUCAAGAUACCGCCCAUAACCAGCCGCGUAGCCUACGGGCUGACGGCAAUUAUGCCUGCUGUCUGCAUCAUCACGGGACAGGGCCUGCCGAAUAUUAUCUGGUCCCUCUUCACCAGUAUCAUAGUACUUCUGGAUGAUUUCAUCCGGAGAAUGCUCUCUAAGGGAAGGGAGAACAUUGUCGAACUCGAGAGAUCGAAGUAUACGGCGAAGGGUGCCUGA